GAAUUUCAACACUCUUUCCAUCAGCAUGAUGAAAAAGAUAUUGAGUUUUUGUUAGUAAUCAAAUAAAAUCCAAUUGAAAGGGGAAUGAGAGAGAAAGAGGAAGUGGUUGUACCAACGCGGUGGAGAGAAUCUAGGGACAAGAUCUUGUCACAAUAAUGAAAUGAAUUUUCACAAAAACAACCACACAUCCAUUACACUGUUCCAUCACAGUUUUUUCUCUCAUGCACCCACUUAUACUAUUCAAAAGCUACUACCAGAUUAUUACAUUCCACCUCUCUCUUUCUCUCUCUCUCCCAAUAUAUAUACAUACUUCAAUUAAGAGUAUUCUUAAUUAUAAGAUUGAUAUGGAGGUUCUGGAUAGCAGAAAACUACAGUUACAACAACCACACAACUUGAAGGAAGAGCAACAUUUUCAUGUCUUGGCGGUAGAUGAUAGUGUGAUUGAUAGGAAGCUUCUAGAGAGACUCCUCAGAGAUUCUUCAUGCAAAGUUACAUGUGUGGAUUCUGGAGACAAGGCUUUGAAAUAUCUUGGACUCAAUAUUGAUGAUGUUGAUACAAAUGAUUCUUCUUCCACUGAGGCGAUAUUGGAAUCAUCUUCUCCUCCUCCUCCUCUACCAUUGCAGCUUCAAGAGGGAAUUGGCAAAGUGAAUUUGAUCAUGACAGAUUAUUGCAUGCCUGGGAUGAGUGGCUAUGAUUUACUUAAAAGAGUCAAGGGAUCUUCUUGGAAAGAUGUUCCAGUUGUGAUCAUGUCUUCAGAAAAUGUACCUUCCAGAAUUACCAUGUGCUUGGAAGAAGGUGCAGAAGAGUUUCUGUUGAAGCCUCUUCAGAUAUCAGAUUUGCAGAAGCUUCAGCCUUAUUUUCCUAAAUCUCUUGAUAAUUCUUCGGAUGAACAAGAAUCUACUAACAGUACUUCUAUAGAUUCUUCUGACAAUGAAGAUGUGAUCAACAAUAAUAACAGUAAUGGGAUUAGCAAAAGGAAGGCCAUGUCUCCUGAGCCUCCGGAGAGAUCAAAGCCAAAAAUGAAAGGGUUAACGGUGGUGGUGUAAAGAGAAAACAGUACAAAAUAAGAGUUGAUGAUGAUGUUGUUGUUGCAUAUUAUUUAGUUUAUGGUUAUGGUUAUAAUUUUGGUUUUCUAUUAAACUGAAAGAGCUUAAUGAAUUCGCUGUGCGAGCUACUAGUAGUGCUAUUCAAUGUUACAAGUUGCAACUACCGUUACUUAAAUCCACGCACAAAUGUUGAAUGA